AAGCUAGAUACAUUCAUAAAAUCGGGAGUGGAACACACUAAUUUUGCCGCAAAUCAUUCUUGCAUAAUAGAUUUGAUACGUUUCGUUUUGUCUUCGCAAAAUUAUUAAAUUUUAGAUUUAUAUAUUUAAUUUUACUACUUUACAUUUAUUGCAACUAUUAUUUAUUCUUUAAUUAAUCCUUUUCAUUUUUAAAUGAAGUUCUUUUGAUCCGAGAUCUUCACGCCAUUCCAUAAUUGGUUUUCAAGAAAGACAUAAUACUCUCAUCUCUCGAUUAUUGCUUCGAAAAUUCUUGAUUUUGAUUAUUUUAUCGAGAAACUGACGGAGAACAAGAAUUAGAAGAAGAAGCCAAAAAAUUGAUACGCGUGAAGAAAAGUUGGUUUCGGAAUUUCCGUUUCGUUCCUCUUUCACAAAGGACCGGAGAAAGAGGUGAAGCUUAUAAGAAAGUUUUUGGUAGGUAAUUUAGUUUUGAAGGCCUCAUGUUUCAAGCUGGAUUAUAGGACUUUCUAAUUUUGGAAAGCAAUGACUUGGACCUCGUCCAAGGGUUAUUUAGCAGCCAAUGCAUAUCCGAGGGCCCUUUCUCGGAUUGCAAUUUCAGUGGGAUUAUUGGCUUUGUUUUUAGUUUUGGGUUCCUGGGUUUUGUUGUCAAACCCAGUUGGUUCCCCGGUUUCUGGAUCUUUGUACAGUAUUGAUAGUUCGCAGAAGUCAGAUUCAUCAGUCUCUACAAACAAUCAAACUACCAGAUCUCCUAGUGAAUACAAUGUUGCAAAGAAUGUCUCAUCCAAGUCAUAUGUACAAGGCUCCCCUAGUGACUUACAAACAAAGGAUGUGAAAGAUCAAGUCCCAUUACCUGAACUAUUUGACAAGAGUUUCUCCAACGAGACCAGUUCACAAGUGCCCUUAACUUCAAAGGAUGCGCCUAAUACCCUUUCAGAUGUUGAGAAGAUAAAAGAAGUAUCAACAGCUGUUCCUGUGCCGUCUUUUGUUUCAACACAUGACGAUGGGGUUAAUGAUGUUACUCCUCUAUUAAAUGAUACUGAUAAUGAUCAAACUGGCAAUUCUAUUUCUAAGGAGUUUGUGAAUAAAUUCAACUUUUUAGAUUUGGGAACCAAUGAGAGUAGAUCAGCUUCCUCUGGUUCCAGUUCAGGUGAUUCAAAAGCUGUGCCAACUUUCACUCACGAUUCUAAUCUUCCCAACAAUGCAAGCAGGACCGAUUCUGGUUGUGAUCUGUACCAGGGAAAUUGGAUCUAUGAUUCACUGGGACCAUUAUAUACAAACAAUAAGUGCCCUAUCCUGACACAGAUGCAGAAUUGCCAGGGAAAUGGGAGGCCAGACAAGGACUAUGAGAAUUGGCGCUGGAAGCCAUCUCAAUGUGACCUCCCUCGUUUUGAUGCUCGAAAGUUUCUGAACUUGAUGAGAGGGAAGACAAUUGCUUUUGUUGGUGAUUCGGUUGCUCGAAAUCAGAUGGAAUCAUUGCUGUGCAUCCUCUGGCAGGAAGAAGCUCCAAAAAACCGGGGGAAUCGAAAAAUGCAGCGAUAUUAUUUCAAGUCAACGUCAGUAAUGGUUGUACGGAUUUGGUCCUCAUGGCUUGUCAAGCAAACAACUCAACCAGUUGAUAUUGCUCCAGAAAGUGUUGUGAAGCUCCACCUUGAUGCCCCUGAUGAGAACCUGAUGCAACAUAUCCCAAACUUUGAUGUGGUUGUUCUUUCUUCCGGCCAUUGGUUUGCCAAGCAGUCUGUCUAUCUCAUGAACCAUGAGAUUGUGGGAGGACAGUUGUGGUGGCCAGACAAAUCUCGGCAUAUGAAGAUCAACAACAUUCAAGCAUUUGGAAUUUCUGUUGAGACAAUUCUCACGGCUUUUGGUACUCAUCCAAAUUACACAGGGCUCACUAUCGUGCGUUCCUUUUCCCCAGACCAUUAUGAGGGUGGGGCUUGGAAUACAGGUGGAUCAUGCACCGGAAAAACAAAGCCACUUGGAGCUGGUGAAGUAGUAGAAAAUGGCUUUACGAACAUAAUGCAUGAAAAACAGGUAAGUGGUUUCUACCGUGCAGUUAAGAAGAUAACAAACAAGUCAAAGAUGAGAUUGAUGGACAUCACCAGAGUGUUUGAGUACCGCCACGAUGGACAUCCAGGGCCAUACCGAAACACAAAUCCAAAUAAGCUCACAACACGUGGUUCUGAUGGAAAGCCUCCACCACAGGAUUGCUUACACUGGUGCAUGCCUGGUCCAGUUGAUACUUGGAAUGAACUAGUGCUUGAGCUCAUAGGUAGAGACCACGAGAGCAACACCAGCCUUCAAUCAUGAGAUGCUUUUAGCAUUCAUUAAUGUACCCCUGAUCUAAUUUGAAGGUAACUUUAUGUUCUUACUAGAUUUAAUUAAUCGAGGAAGGAAAUGCCUAGUCAAAUAUUUUUUUGCCUUGAGGUCAUCGUAUAGCCUUAUAGAGAGAUUAUUUACUUACAUUUAAUAGAUGGGAGGGUUAGUUCCAGCUCUUGUACUGCAAUUUGUAAGUUACCGAGAUCAUUAUGUACCUAGAUAGACCGAGUAUUCUUUUUUUUCUCCCCACUGUUACACGUUUCCAUUUAUAAAUAAGAUAUGUUCUAUGAGUUUCAUUA